AUGGAAGCCAGUACUUCUUCUAAGAUUCAAUCAAGAAAUCAAACGAAAUCGCUAACAGACAUGCCAUCUGAAGUGAUGGAGAAAAUAAUAGUCGACUUGGAAAAAAUUUCAACAGUCGAGGCUUUCAAGAUGAAGAGUGUAUUCUUCAAUGAGGCAGGAAAAACGGAUGAAGUAUAUAAACAUAUGGAGUUAUAUGGAUUACGAUUUCGUGUUUGGUCUGACCAGAAACAUGCAGUUGUCAAUAAAUGCAUAAAGAUGAGAAACCCAAAUAUUCUAUUCAUGAAUGGAUUGUUAUUUUUCGUAGAAGUUGAACAUGAAAGGAAAACGAUGCUUGAAGAAGCAUCUGCAUGGGGGCAUUUGGAUUCAACAUUUGUCCUGGGAAUGAUGCUGAUGGCUGAAGGGAGACAAGGAAGCAGGAAGCAUUGGACAUGUUGA